GCAGUGAAGAGCUAAUUCCCGCUCCACACUGAAACCAAGCUGCGCACUGGUGUCGUUGCGGCUCUUUGACGAUGGCUUCGACCCGGUUCGAGCGCUUCUUGGGCCGAUUGCUUCGAGCUGUGGUUUGGAUGCUGUUCGCCGCUUUUAAGUUAUUUGCACCCCAGCAGAGGCAUGGAGUUUCUCGACUCCCACCCAUCACUAACCCACUUCUGCUGCUCUCAGCGAUGCAGCUUGCCCGAAAGAUUCGCCGGAAAGAAGUAACAAGUGUUGAAGUAGUCCAGGCCUACAUUGACCGCAUUCAGGAAGUGAACCCACUUGUCAAUGCCAUGGUCAAAGACAGGUAUUCCGCAGCACUUCAGGAAGCUGCACAGGUUGACAAACUAAUAGAGGAGGAGACGGGAGGAGAGGAGGUGCUGGAGGACAGGCUACCUCUGCUUGGAGUACCCAUCACCAUUAAAGAGGCAUUUGCCCUGCAAGGCAUGCCUAACUCGACAGGGCUGCUGACCAGACGGGAUCUGCUUUCAGGGGUAGACGCCCCAUCUGUUGCUCUGCUGAAGAGGGCAGGAGCGAUUCCACUGGGCGUGACUAACUGCAGUGAGCUCUGUAUGUGGCUGGAGUCCCACAACCACCUCUAUGGCAUCACCAACAACCCCUAUGACUUUGAGAGAAUCGCAGGCGGCAGCUCAGGAGGUGAGGGCAGUAUAUUGGGUGCUGGUGCCUCUGUGAUUGGAGUUGGGUCGGAUAUUGGGGGUAGUAUCCGUAUUCCCUGCUUUUUUAAUGGCAUCUUCGGACACAAGCCAUCAACAGGUAUCGUAAGCAAUGAUGGUCAGUAUCCUCCCGCCUCUGGACUGCAGAUGGGAUUUCUGUGUACAGGACCCAUGUGCCGCUAUGCUGAAGACCUGAUCCCCAUGCUAAGCAUCAUGGGAGGACCCAAUGCAAAUAAAUUGGGUCUGUCUGCUGAAGUAGAUUUGAAAAAGCUGAGGUUCUUCUCUGUUCCCCACAACGGAGGCUCUCAUUUGGUCUCUCCAGUUGAUGCACAGCUGCUUCAGGCACAGAAACUGGUGGUCAGACGUUUAGAGGCAGACCUUGGGGUCAAGGUCCAAGAGCUGUUUAUCCCCCAGCUCAAAUACUCCUUUCAGAUCUGGGGAACUAUGAUGGCCUCACCUGGCAAAGAUGGAAAGUCUCCCACCACCUUUGCAGAGCUAAUGAGUGAAGGCGGGAAGAAGAUUUGGCCCGUCUGGGAGCUGUUCAAGUGGUUUCUGGGGUUUUCUUCUCACACUUUGGCAGCAAUAGGUCUGGCUCUCUUUGAGCUUCUCCAGAGUUCCCAUCCAUCUCCAUUCAUUCUACAGCAGAAGGAGAGUCUGCAGCAGGAGCUGGAGGAGAUGCUGGGCACAGACGGAGUGCUGCUGUACCCCUCUCAUCCUCAGAUCGCUCCCAAGCAUCACCACCCAGUUUUCACACCCUUCAACUUUUCCUACACUGGCAUCUUUAAUAUCCUGGGUUUGCCAGUGACCCAGUGUCCGUUAGGGCUGAGUGAGGAGGGUUUGCCUAUGGGCCUACAGAUUGUGACAGGUAAAUUACAGGACCGUCUCUCUUUGGCCACUGCCCUCUACCUGGAAAAAGCUUUUGGUGGCUGGAGGGAACCAGGCAAGACAGCAGCCAAGCCUUAAUCCACCUCAUGCGUCUGCAACAACCGGACCACAUGACCAACACGUACUGUACCACAUAAACAGCAUGUGUAACCAUCCAAAGCUUACUUGCAUUCAUUCUUCCUUUUAAGUGCAGAAUAAUACAUUUUAAAUUAACUGACGUGUUUUAGAGGGAUGCAUUUGUGUUUACCCAUAUGUAAACAUGGUAAUACUUUAUUUCAUUCAUUAGAAAUGGAACGGAUGCUGGAACCAGGCUUCUCAAGAACAGGCUCUUUCUUGUGACAAAUCUGUUUAAUUUUUAGAAUAUCUUUUUAAUCGCUUCAGAUUUCAGUGUUUUACAAGGAAGAACUUUUGUUUUUCCUCAAAAGGCAUAAAACAAUCAUAUUUAGAAGAAAAUAUCAAGCUGAGGCAUUUGCAAAUGCUGGGCAUUGACAAAUUUUUUGGCCUUUAUUACUUAUAUUUUGUUGUUGCUGACGUAUUAAAUAAUGUGCCUAAAGCAGUAACAAUAAAAACUUUUUAUGUAAUCUUCUCAAAUAUUAAGUGUUAUAGCUACUUCUUAGUAUAUUUUCAAAUUUAAUCCUAAUAAAUAUGUCUGAAUUCUCAGCAACAUUAAUAUAAAUAAUCAAAAUGUCAUGAACACUAAUUAUCAAUAUAUUGUUUUAUAACUUGCAAAGCAGAUGGCAUUGAAUGUAUUUAUGAAUUCACUAAGGGAUCACGAAUAAAGUCAAAUAACUGUUGGA